AUGGGCGGCCUAACAAACGUAAUCAACAUGUGCUCCCACCUCCAAAACGCUUCCCGCGCCCGCCUGGGCAUGACCUCGGUCACAAACACAAAGCAAAACCUCAACCUCGCCCUCGCCCUCCACCGCUCGGGCUUCAUCUCCUCCCUCUACCGCGGGGGCCCAACCCCGCCCGCCCCGGAACAGAUGGGCAGAGACCCGGAACCCGUCACCUCGGCCAACGUCGCCACCCGCCGCCUCUGGCUCGGCCUGAAAUACUGGAACAAUGAGCCCGUCCUCCGCGGCCUCACCAUGGUCACCAAGCCCACGCGGCCCAUCAACGUCCACGUCGAGGACCUCGAGCUCGUCGUCAGGGGGUUCCCGAGUAAGACUGGUCUCGUCAAGGGGCUCGGGCUCGGGGAGUGCCUGUUCAUCUCUACAGAUAGGGGUAUCUUGGAGGCGAGGGAGGCGCUGGCGAGGAAAGUUGGUGGUAUGGUGUUGUGCCGGGCGAGAUAA